AUGUCAGACACUGAAGAACAAGAAUAUGAGAAACCCCAGGCAGCAGAUGAGGAAGCAGUGGAGGAAGAGGAAGCCCCCGAGGAGCCGGAGCCAGUGGCAGAGCGAGAAGAAGAGCGCCCCAAGCCCAGCCGUCCUGUGGUGCCUCCUUUGAUCCCCCCGAAGAUUCCAGAAGGGGAGCGUGUGGAUUUUGAUGACAUCCACCGGAAGCGCAUGGAGAAAGACUUACUGGAGCUGCAGACGCUCAUCGAUGUACACUUUGAACAGAGGAAAAAGGAGGAGGAGGAGCUCAUUGCGCUAAAAGACCGCAUUGAGAGGCGUCGCGCAGAGAGAGCUGAGCAGCAGCGCUUCAGAACGGAAAAGGAGCGAGAGCGCCAGGCCAAGCUGGCGGAAGAGAAGAUGCGGAAGGAGGAGGAGGAAGCGAAGAAGCGAGCAGAGGAUGACGCCAAAAAGAAGAAGGUUCUGUCCAACAUGGGGGCUCAUUUUGGGGGUUACCUGGUCAAGGCAGAACAGAAGCGUGGGAAGCGGCAAACUGGUCGGGAGAUGAAGCUCAGGAUCCUGUCUGAGAGGAAGAAGCCCCUGAACAUCGACUACCUUGGGGAGGAUCAGCUUCGCGAGAAGGCCCAGGAGCUGUCAGAAUGGAUUCACCAGCUGGAAUCAGAGAAAUUUGACCUGAUGGAGAAAUUGAAGCAACAGAAAUACGAGAUCAAUGUGCUCUACAACCGCAUUAGCCAUGCCCAGAAAUUCCGAAAGGGGGCUGGGAAGGGUCGAGUUGGAGGCCGCUGGAAGUGAGACUACCUGGA